UAUGGAGCGAAAACCUUUGCCAGUGAUCUGCUUGGCUAAAUCCCACCAACAAAAGCUUUAACUGGCGCUUGCUGACUGGAUUACACGCUUGCUGCUCGGAAUAUCAGCGUAUUUUGUUAGUUGAUAGGCUAUUAAUUUGGCGUUUCUUGAGUUAAGUCACACAUAGGCCUAAACUUAUUUUCAAAGUGUAUUUUUCCAUGGGUGGAAUUCUGUUUAUGGGCUUUUUACAUCAUCAUCUGUUAGAGUACAACGCUUUGCUUUGCUUAUGUAAUUGGAGUCGUGGUAUGCAACUGCUAUAAGGAUACGAGCGCUAAAUAAGGCUACUCCAUACUUACAAGACUUUUGAUCACAGCGGCAGGUGUGCACAGUGCAGUGCCUUUGGCUGUGGAGCAAAUUGGCUGCACUGACUUCGUUGCAUUGGUUAGUUGAGCAGUGUUGGUUAUUUGUCCAACCAAAUGAGGACUGCGCGUGACAUGCGGGCUUUGGAGUCAAGCAUCAGAAGGCUCUAACCUGUGGAAAGAAGCCGACAGCACGCAGACAUGGGAUCCCUGAUGCGACGUAGAUGGUUCAUGAUCCCAUUGUUGGUGCAGGGCUGGCUGCUAGCGUCUCCAAUCAGUGAGCGAGCCUGUCCUCAAAGCUGUAGAUGUGAUGGGAAAAUAGUAUACUGUGAGUCCAAUGCCUUCCGGGAUGUGCCAAACAAUGUGUCUGUGGGAUGCCAGGGCCUCUCUCUGCGCUACAACAGUUUAGUGAAUCUCAGAGCUAGUCAGUUCGCAGGCCUCAGUCAGCUUGUUUGGCUUUAUCUCGACCACAACUACAUUAACACAGUGGACAGCCAAGCCUUCCAUGGGGUACGGAGGCUCAAGGAGUUGAUUCUCAGCUCUAACAAGAUCACACAGCUACAAAACAACACUUUCCAUACUGUCCCUAACUUACGCAAUCUUGACCUUUCUUACAACAAGCUGCAGGCCCUCCAGCCCAGUCAAUUUCAGGGCAUGCGGAAGUUGCUUAGUCUCCACUUGCGGUCUAACUCCCUGAAAACUGUCCCAAUGCGUGUUUUUCAGGAUUUGCGCAAUUUGGAGUUCCUCGAUCUAGGCUACAAUCGAUUGCGAAGCCUGACUCGAAAUGCUUUUGCUGGGCUGCUCAAGUUGAUCGAGCUUCAUUUGGAACACAAUCAAUUCUCAAAGAUCAACUUCUCUCACUUUCCCCGCCUCACCAACCUGCGGGCACUCUAUUUGCAAUGGAACCGAAUUAAGUCAAUAAACCAGGGUCUAACCUGGACGUGGACGUCCUUGCAAAAACUGGACCUUUCUGGAAAUGAACUGCAAGUUGUGGAUGCCAGUACGUACCAAUGUCUCCCCAACCUACAGACCCUGAACUUGGACUCCAAUAAGCUUCGCAACAUGUCCCAGGAGACAGUGGAUGCCUGGAUCUCCCUCACCACCAUCAGUCUAGCUGGUAAUGUGUGGUACUGUAGCCCUACCAUCUGCCCCUUAGUGGCCUGGCUGAGGAACUUCAAGGGGAACAAGGAGACCACUAUGAUUUGUGCUGGGCCUAAGGAGGCCCAAGGAGAGAAAGUGAUCGAUGCAGUAGAGACAUUUAGUAUCUGCAAGGUCACUCCCACCACCCCUUUUGUCUCAACCACAGCCUCCCUCAACAUCCCAUCUCAGCCUGAGCUCCUGCCCCUUCCCACGUUGUCUCGGGUUGAAGAGGAGUUGACUCGCAGUGCUACGACCAUUCCGUCUCCUUCAGGGGUCUCCCCUACCACCCCAGAGCAAGACUUUGAGUAUGUGUCUCUCCAUAAGAUUAUUGCUGGCUGUGUGGCACUUUUCCUGUCGGUGGCUAUAAUUCUCCUGGUUAUUUAUGUGUCCUGGAAGCGCUACCCCAACAGCAUUAAGCAGCUCCAGCAGCGCUCCAUGGUCAAAAAGCAGCAAAAGAAUGUGCGGGAAACAGAAAGCACUCUCAGCUCACCUCUGCAAGAGUAUUAUGUGGACUACAAACCUGCAAACUCUGCAACUAUGGAUGUGCUGGUUAAUGGGACUGGACCCUACACAUACACAAUCUCAGGCUCCAGAGAAUGUGAGGUAUGAUCCAUUUCCACUGCGGGGCACCAGAGGUACCACAGCAGUUGAGUGCCCUGACGUUGAACAGGUAUGAGCAGCCCGUAGUGGAUUACUGCCAGGCCCAAGGGGCGCUGCACCUCAACAUGGGCUUUGAGCCCCCCUCCCAGGCACAGGGCUGUCUGAGGCCACCGGGCUGCAGUACAGGUCAUACAGCUGGUCUCCCCUCUACACCCACCACCUUGCUCAUACGCACGGACCCCCAUUCCCUCUAACAGUGACUUGUGACCUGUGCAGAUGGGGAGACCAGACCAGUGCUCCCCUCUCCAUCUAGGCUACUGAGCAUGGUGUUGUUACAGUACUGUAUACCGCAGCAGAUAAUGAGUGAAACAGAUACAAAUCUGCACUGAGGAAGAACAUUCUGACUGGAGAAUCUGUUAUUAAUGGAGAGAAUACAUUUAUCUAACACUGAAUAUACCUUGACUAAUGAAAAUGAAAAUAUUCAUUAAUGGAAAUUGCAGUGUACUGUUACAGUAUAUUACAUGAUAGCUGCCCCUUUGAUGUCCAUUAUAAUUGAAUAUAGUCCAGUUGCAGUAUCACAUUCCUUCUGCUUCUAAAAUGUUCUCCAGCAUCAUGGGGAGAAAUAUAAAAAAUGACAUGAUUCAUUACUCUUAUUGAACUUAUUGACUCUGCUGCUCACAGUUUCGGCACCUUCACUGUUUUAGGUAAGUAAUUAUCUACAAAAUGCAAUAAUAGAUCUGGGGAAACAGUAGGGUGAGCAAUGGAAUAGCAGAACAAAUUAAAGACUAACAGAGCUGAAAGGUUUUAUGCUGCUUUUUCUAAUAAUGCUGCCAGUCAGAGGCCUUACAGAUUUUCCAGUCUCCGUAGCUAUUUCAUUUCAAGAAGUGAGCCACUCAAAUGAAAUGACCCACAACGACAAGGGCAAACUUGGUAAGUGAUGGGCACACCGUUUUCAUGUCAAGUGUACAGAUUACAUUUCUUUUCCAGAAGUACAUUAAUGAAUAUUUUUAUUAUUUUGGUGAUUUUUAUGUUAAUUUUACUAUAAUGCAAUUAUUAUUAUUAUUUUUGUUUCCAAGAUGAAAAGUAAAACGUUGAUGCGUAAUAGACUAAUUGUUUUCAUGUGAAGUGUAGCCUACAGCUGACAUAUCUUGUCAGAAAUACAUAUUUGUUAUUGUGUUGAUAUGGAUUUGUUCAUCAUGAUCAUCAUUGCAUUUUCAUGAUUAAUGUAAUGACAAUUUAUUUUAUAUUUAUGUCACGUCAAUCGUCAAUCUAAUUGUAGGAUUGUCUCUCACAUACCAUGUGUAGUUACUUAAAGGGAAGCAUUUUAGUGUGACCAUUAAUUGACUUUGUGACCUCAGAUAAUGACAUUCACCUAGAGAUCAGCAGUGAAUUCACUCAUAGUGGAGAUAACUGUUGUAACAGCUUAACCCAGACUGUCUAAUAUUGAUGCCUGUCUGCUCUCCCCAGCUGUGACGCAUUCGAUCUUUGUAUCCCUUUUCCCCAAUGUCUACUGUGACUGUUACAGUUUUCAUCAAGGAGCUCAUACUCAUACUCCACUUCAAGGACAUAUGUAAUAACAAAAACCCAAUGAACUUGUUCAAUACUAUGAAUAGGUAUCAAAUAAAGUGUCUCGGCUGCUUCAUGAACACGGCCAUUUGCCCAUGAAGAGGAGGAGCCUUAUCUGAAGUUCAGAUGAACAUGCCCUGAUUUGGGUUUGCAGGCUGGGUAUGAGAGUGUGACUGACAUUUUGUGAAGUCGAGGACUUGCAAUAUUGGCUUGCUGUUUGAAGAAGAUGUUAUCCUGAUUUCUGUUAAUUAAACCAUAUAAAAUAUCAGCUUGAACUGUCGUCACACGAUAAAAUUAUAUUUCAAUAGAUUUUCUGACCAAAUGUUUUUUAUGCUCAUUGAAGAAAAAAUUCCUGUGAACAUUAAAAUUACUUUUAACAUGUAUUUACUGAGAUUUAAUUUUUAUUUUCAUACCAUGAAAUUACACUGCUUAUCAUGUCUGAGAGUGUGGUGUUUUGGGAUAAUCUUGACCACAAGUAAUACAGUGCUGAAUGAUAACUUUUUUAAAUUUUUAUGUUCUGCAUCAAAGCAUCACUGAUCUGAAAAAUGUAUGAAUAAUUUAAACAAAGUAAAGUCAUUAUUAACUGAUGCAACACCAUUUACCUAAUUGUCACAUCUUUAAACAGUAUCGUUUGCUUUUGUAAAUUGUGAGAUUUUCGUGUGCAUGGUGAGGAAGGAGACUACUUUCCACAUCAUACUCAAACUCAGAUAAUGAAAAGCAAAGUGUAUUGAAGAGGAUUUAUUGACUUUAUAAAGCAAUCAAAUACACUGAUUGAGCUCAAUCCGGUGGCAUGCUCAGGAUAGCAUACAUAGAACAUUUAUUUCCCAAUUAUUCUUCACCCUCUGAGUUAUUCCCAUCCCAGUGAAAUAUUCAUUGACAGUGCAUAACCGCUAUCAUCAAGAGAGAAGAAUGAGAUUCUCUCAGUCUUAAAUUCGGCUGAAAUACUUUCUUCAAGGCUGCCACAUCCUGGUUUGUCUUUGUUCUCGACUAUGCAAGAAUAACAGUCUUUGUCUUCUUUCUGAGACUUAAUCAUUUUCAAUUUGCUCUAUUUUCUGACUGUGGACCUAAUUUUUAGAAGUGAAAAGUUUGCUGCAAUAGCAAGAAAAGUUGGUUAUUUUUCCUACCUGGACUCAAGGGUAGACUUACAGUAACUUAGUAACCGUAAAAUCAUGACACUCCAAUUAGUAUGAUAUGUUACGUUUCUUAUGGUAUGUAUCCAUUUUUGGAUGUCCAUCAUCCAUUUCGAAUGUAUGUUACAAAUUACAAUUCAUAUGAUAUGCUAUGAAUUACAAUUUGUACAAUAUUUUACUAACUGCAAUUCAUACAAUAUGUUACAAAUUUGCUAAAUGUAUGAAAUCCUAAUGUUAGCUAGGUGGCUAGACUACGGGUUAGUGUUAAGGAUAGGGUUAAGUUUAGGAGCUAGGUUAAAGAGCUUGGGGAAGGGUUAGCUGACAUGCUAAGUAGUUGCUAAUUAGGUCAAUUUCUAAAGUUGUCGAUGAUGAGAUUUGAAGUCGCAAUCUUUGGGUUGCUAGACGUUCGUGUUAUACUUCUGACCAUCCACCUCGACCAACCACCCUAUUUUCUUUCUUGCUUUAAGUAACCUUCUGUAUUAUGUAACCAUACCAAAUGUAACAUAUCAUACUAAUUUGAGUGUCCUGGAUUUAUAUUUACUAUGUUACGUCUAGUCUAUGAGACCAGGCAGAUUCUUCACCCUGAUUUUUUAUCUUCUUGGAAGGUUGUUUUUUUUUACUUCCUCCUAAGAGCUAUUAAAAGUAAGCCAGGCCACACAGCGCUUUUUAUCAUUUGGACUUACGUCCUUUUCUUCUGUUUCUGCUUCGGGAAAAUUGUCCAGUGGUGUGAGAGGCAUCUCUGAGAACCCUGUCUCCUGAUGGUGAAGAAUAGGCCUUGAACCUUUUGAAAAAGGGACAAAAAGGUUUUACAUUUAAAUGGUGCACUAACCAAGAGUGACCUCCAAUACAGGUGAUUCAAAGCAUAAUAUUAAGGAUGCAUUCAUAGACACAUUUUGUGCAGGCUUGCACAGAUGAUCAGAUUUGUACAAGGCCUGUGGAAGUGUUUAACAUUUUAGAAACAUGUCAGCAUGAAUGUACAUAGAAUCUGAAAUCUAGGCCAACACUCUGUUUCCUCUUAAGCAAUUUAAAAUCCUACACAAUUUUUGAAUAAAUAUUUUUUUCUCAGAACAGAAGGUACAUUUAGUUGCAUGGCCUACAUUAUAAGACACACAUUCCCAUCCAGUAUAUCUCUGCAGUAGCCUACUUAUCUUGUGCUUCUUAGAAUUACAGUUGUGGCAUCUGUGAUUUUUAAUCCCCUUUAUCUUGUUUGUCCUUUGUAUCAUGCAAAUGACAUAACUAACAUCUUAGAAAUAAAGAGAUUAGAUGACGUAGCAGUAACAGAUGAAGUAGUGCUUCAGUACAGUGGUCUUCAGUUUUUCUUUGCCCUUUCUUUGUUCCUGUGUACUGGGUAUUGUCAUCUUGGAGUUGUGUUAAGACUUCAAGCAGGCUGGCAGGGCAGCUGUGAAAGCUCCUGAUUUCCCUUGGGAUGUUUUGGGACUGCUAUGCCAACACUUUCAGAUUACCUUUGCCAUUCCAGACAGAGCAAACCCAGUAUGGCGUCUGUCCUGCACCCAGUUUAUUUUUAAACUCCUCUAUCCUCUCAGCAGGUGGUGUUUUUUUCUCUAAAGCAGUCCUCUGCCUUGGCCUUGGUUUGCAGGGUCAAGGGUAAGCUACAUCAUCCCAUGGUUUUAUAUAUUCAAUCUUAUUCUCUACAAAGGCUAAGAAUGAGGUGAUUCCUCAUAUCAUACACCGAAUCAGUGUUCAAUGAAGAACUGUAAAUGAUGGAAUCUCAAAGCAAAGCAAAAUAGCAGUAUGAGAAGACGUGUAACAAUGAAAGAGCAGAUAAGAUCAUUGAUUCUAUUUUUUACUGCCUGUCCCUUGUUUCCCCCCAUAUUGUUCAAUUUUCACACAGUGGAAAUAUCAUGUGUACCGUGGCACUGACUCAUUUCUAAUGAUGGAGCAUGUCUAUUUGUUGACUGUUUGGGUGAUGUCUUUGUUGUCUUCGGCCUCUCUUUAUAUGUAGUGUUGUGGUGUCUCUCUUGUCAUGAUGUGCGUUUUGUCCUAUAUUUUAUUAAUAAAAAAAAAUCCCAGCCCACAUCCCCGCAGGUCUUUUGCCUUUUGGUAGGCCGUCAUUGUACAUAAUAAUUUGUUCUUAGCUGACCUGCCUAGUGUUAUAGCGUGGACACUAUAUACAUAAUUACAUUGAAUAUGUAUUGUACUUACCUGAAGUAUAGUAUGAUUGCUAUUCAUGUGUGCAUGGUAAUUAUUGGCAUUGACGGUGACCUUCCCCUUUGAUGAGGUCAUCAUCCAGAGUUGGAUCUGUACAAGGCGACUCUUAUCAUAUGUUGAGUGGGCUGUAUCGUUUUGCUGUAUUGGUACCGUUUGUACAUGGUUGUACACCUUUUAUUUUUUAGGUUGAAAAUAAAGGAAAGUAAUAUAAAAAUGCUUGUGGGCAUUCCUUGUCAAGUUACUACAUCUUUUUGGCAAUGAGGAUAAAACGUAUAAAUCUACAUGGCGAUGCACUCGCUAGCUAAGAAACGGAGGUAGUCAGUUAGCUAGCUGGCUUAAUGAGCAACUGAGAGCAGCCACCGCUGGAGGGAAACGCUGACAGUGACAAUCAGCAGCAAGUGAAAAUCACUAACGAGGACCAAGAACAAGUUGACGUUAUAAUGGCAAUGUUUGGGACUAUCACUGACUUUGUGGAAGAGAACGAGGACUGGACAGGAUAUGUGGAAAGGUUGGGACAUUUUUCUUUGGCAAAUGGAAUUACAGAUGAGUCUAAGCAGGGCUCUAUUCUUUUGAGUGUGUGUGGGGCUAAAACCUCAAAUCUAAUGAGGAAUUUGGCUACACCACGGAGACGGAGAGAAAUUCCUUUUGUGGAUCUAGUUGCUCUCGUUCAGACUCGCCACAAUCCAAAGCCUUCAGUGAUUGUCCAGAGGUUCAAGUUUAACUGCCAUUUUUGGAAAACAGGUCAGUCUGUUGCUAACGUUGUUGCUGAAUUACGUGAACUCUCGAAACAUUGUGAGUUUGGGGCUAUGUUAGAGGACAUAACCCCAACAGUGGAAGUGGUACAGUGCAUCAGGUGACAAAAGAGGGGGCAGUGGAAAAGCAGUGGAAUGUUUCAGAUGUGGGGGAACACAUUACGCAAACUGCAAGUACCCGGAUACGGUCUGUCACAAUUGCAAGAAAAAGGGACACAGCUAAAAAAUGCAGGGGUCCUGGGAGCAAGCCAGAGGGUGGGCAGACUGGACAGGGAAAGUUCACAGCAAAGAAGUCACUGUCAGCAGCACAUUACCUAGAGAGCACAGAAGAGGAGGAAGAGCAUUGUUCCUACAACAUGUUUAAUAUGAGUGAGCCCCACGCAGAGCCUAUCUAUGCUACAGUGGAGGUAGGUGGAAAAAAGUUGAGGAUGGAGAUGGACACGGGGCUUCUGACUCUGUUAUCAGUGAGGAGACCUACAAACAAAUGUGAGGCUCAAAACAGGCUUCCGCCUUCACACCGGCAGGGAUCAGACUGGGUACAUACAGCAGGGAGAGCAUACCAUUGCUGGGUGCUCUAGAGGUGGACAUUGCAUACAACAUGGCUCCUGGUGGUGAAAAUGAAUGGGCCUAGUUUACUAGGGCAUGAUUGGCUCACCAAAAUACAACUGAACUGGGGUGAGAUAAAUCACACACACGAGUGACUGAGGAUGCCAUUCAAAAGUACCCUGAGAUUUUCAAAGAUGAACUGGGAACACUGCAGGGCACUGCAGUUAAGCUGUUUGUGGAUCCUCAGGCCGAGCCUUGCUUUUUCAAGCCCAGGAGAGUGCCUUACGGCAUGAAAAAGAAAGUGGAGGAUGAGUUGGAGCGGCUGCAAGUAACAUCAUUACUCCCAUUCAGAUCUCCCGCUGGACAGCUCAAAUCAUUCUUGUUAUGAAAAGUGACAGAACUGUGUGUACAUGCGGGGACUACAAACUCACCAUCAACAGAGCCUCUAAGCUGGACGCGCAGGACCGGUUUGCGAUGCUUGCAGGGGGCAAGAUGUUCUCAAAGCUUGACUUGAGUCACGUCUAGCAACAGCUCCUCCUGGACGAAGACUCAAAAGAGUAUGUCCCAGUCAACACGCACAAAGUCUUGUUCAGGUACAACCGCUUGGUUUUUGGAGUGGCAUUCAGUCCAGCCUUAUGUAGCAGUGUACUUGGACGACAGCCUGGUUACAAGGGAGACGGAGGAGGAGCACCUCCACCAUUUGUACCGGAUGUAAAAGAGAUUCUCUGAGGCAGGGCUGCGCCUGAAGCGUAGGAAGUGCACAUUCCAAGCACCUCUACGGUCAUCAUUCACCAUAUGCACUGACCACAAACCACUGAUGAGCCUUUUCAGUGAAUGAAGAUGCAUUCCUCCCAUGGCUUAAGCAAGGAUACAGUGCUGGUCCCUCACACUGUCAGCUUACCAGUAAACUAUUGUGUACAGAGAGGGGAAGGACAAUGCAAAUUCAGACACACUCAGCCGUCUCCCGCUACCAGAGAUCCCCGCCACAAUGCCUCCCAAGACAAUUUUCCUAAUGGAGAGAUUGUUAAACUCACCUGUGAAUGCCAAACAGAUCAAACAGUGGACAGACCGGGAUCCUAUCCUGGCCCAAGUGAAAAGAUUCCUCAUGCAGGGUUGGCCUCCUGUCAUAGAGGAUGAUGGACUGAGACCUUAUGCAAAGUGCAAAUCUGAGCUGAGUGUUCAGGAUGGCUGCAUACUCUAGGGGUCCAGAGUGGUUGUUCCGUCCCCUGGCCGUUCACAAGUCAUGGAUGAGGACCAUGAGGCUCACCCGGGUGCCUCCCAGAUGAAGAGUUUAGCCAGAUCUUACAUAUGUUGGGUUAACAUGGAU